AUGAUGACGACCAAAGCCGGAACAUCCACGCCGGCUCCCCUGCCACUACCAAUUGCUCCUGCAGCUGUUACACAUCAAAGAUCACUCUCAGUCAAACCCCUAGCCGCCGCCCCGUCGCCAGCACCGCUCGCCCAGUGCUCCAUUACUUCAAAGGAAUGGAUCGUUCCUCCACGGCCAAAGCCCGGCCGGAAGCCCGCCACAGAUACACCGCCCACGAAACGGAAAGCACAGAAUCGUGCAGCACAGCGGGCCUUUCGAGAACGUCGGGCUGCGAGAGUGGGAGAACUAGAGGAACAUAUCAAGAAAAUCGAGGAGGAGAAUGAGCGAGACGAGGCUGCGCUCAACGAUACCAUCCAGAGCCAAUUGCAAGAGAUAGAAGAGUACAAGAACCAGAUACUAUGGUGGAAAAACCGGUGCAAAACACUGGAGGAUGAAGUUAUAACGGAGAAGGUUGCCAAGGAGGACGCCAUCAAACAGCUGCAGAGGUCCAGCAACUCAGAGAGAACGACAGCCAAGGGUCACUCGGUCAUUGGCGGAUGUGAAAGGUGCUCCUCCACGCGGUGUCAAUGCAUUGAUGAUGCGUUUAAUAUAUCAAAUAUCACUCAGAUGCAAGCAGAUGAUACACACAACAAACGAGCCAGGUCACCAUCCCAAGGAGCUACGCAAAAACGUUAUAGAUCCAAUCCUGAAAUCAAAACAGAGCCUGAAGAAUUGGAGACCGAUUUCACUUCUUCUUUCACUAUCCGACGUCACCCAAGAGGUGGAAAUGAUGCCACCACGCCUAUCCUGAUAGACCCGUGUGGCUUCUGUCAGGAUGGCUCACCGUGCAUUUGUGCAGAAAUGGCCGCAGAGGGCGAAAGAAAUAACCAGCCCUCCGAAUCUAAUAAACUACCACCCAUCCAAAAUCUAUCACAGUUCACACCCCCUCCCUCCGAAGGAGAUGUUCUCUCCAAGUCUGCUAUAAUAGCGUCGAGCAAAAAGAGCAACCCUUGCGCCAAUGGCCCCGGUACAUGCGCCCAGUGUAUGGCCGACCCUCGCAGUUCCGUCUUCUGUAAGAGCCUUGCCGCAUCCCGUGCGUCUCGUGGUCAGACAGGUGGCUGCUGCGGAGGUGGCAGCGCACAGGGUGGAUGCUGUAAAACCCGAUCUUCUAGCUCAGACACGACCAGACAGGCUACUUCAUCUCCUGCCAUCACGCUAAGCUGUGCUGAUACAUUUACCACUCUCUCACGCCAUCCAAAAUUCUCUUCUGCAACAGAUGAUUUGAGCAAUUGGAUACCCCAGCUACAUACACUUCCUAACCCUCAAGACCUGACUCCAGAUCGCCGCCGGGACCAAAAUCUCACCAACCGGCCUGCUUUGGAAGUCGAGGCAGCUAGCGUCAUGGGAGUCCUACGAUACUUUGAUAGAAGAUUCGCGGAUUCGAAGUGA